CUUUUGAACCAUUACUAAAAGCAAUAGAAAAUGAAAUCCAAGAAAUACCAGUUCAAGGACACUAUUUCAAAACAGUAGCUUAUGCAGAUGACCUAACAAUAGGGAUAGGAUCUCCCUCAGACUGGAACCGAGUACUAGAAUUAUUUUAUAUAUAUGAAAAGGCUUCUAAUGCUAAAAUUAACGAAAGCAAAACAAAACUAGUACCACUUAUGGUUAUGGCCAGAAGAGUUGAGCUCAAAGGUGACAGAACCACGGUCAUCACAAAUAUUAAAAAUCUUACAGACAAGUUUUCUCAAAGAAACCUUUCAUUUAGAAAAAAAAUCCUAGUAGCAAACUCGCUUAUACUUGCACGAAUAUGGUAUGCAGCAUAUCUUUUACCUCUAAGCAGAAAGCAAGUUGCAGAAAUUAACAGGCUAAUCACUAUUUGGAUCAAAAAUAAUUCAAGAAUGCUUCCCAGGUACUUAACCUUUCAGUUAUCAUACCAAUAUGGAGGUCUUCAAGCCCCAGUAGUUAGCAAUAUGCUUGAUGCAAGAAUGCUAACUGUAUGGAUAAGACUAACAACUGGUGCUGUCUAUGGGCAAAAAUUGAACGAAGCAGAAUUUCUUCCUCUUUAA